CAAGCAUCGUCAACCAGCACCCCUGCAGGACUUAGCGACCCCCCAUCACGUCGGCGUGCCAAGUCUCGCCGACGCCCGAGCGCUCCGUCAGCUCUUCCGUACGGAUGCGGCGCUGAGCGAUGCGGUGUCCGGCGAUGCGUGCGUCGUGCCUGUGACACCUGCCCCUGCAUUCUGUGCCUGUCGCUCACUCCGCGGCACGCUAUAUACGCACCGGCACAGACGGUGUUAGAGCAACACAAUGCCUCUGAGCAAGAUCGAACAAUAUGCCGCACAGCACCACAUGCUCGUCACCAGCUGGCGCGAGCUCGAAAACGUCCCGCGCGCACUCGACGAGAAGAUCGCCGAGCUCGAUACCGAGCGCGCGGUGCUCGCGUCCGCGAAGGACGACUGCGAGCGCCUCGAAAAGGAGCAACGCGCGGCGUACGAAGCGCUCGCGGAACUCAAGGCGCCACACCGCCGCCUGUUCCUCCGCAUGCAGCGGGGCGGGGACGCGGAGCGCGCGUCCCGCGAAAGACAGUACGAGGCGGCGUUUGCGGACGGGCAGGCGAUGCUGGCGCGCGUGCACGAGCUCGAGGCGUCCGUGGAUGCGCUGCAGGCCCAACAGGGCGAUUUGGCGCAACUCGCCGCGCGCCGCACCGAGAUCGAUGGCGAGCUCACCAAGCUGUACGAGGAGGUGUUUGAGGGCCCUACGCCCGGACAUCCGGAUGAGGACGAGGUGGAGAGCGCGCUUAUGGCGCUCGGGAUGAUGAUCGAGCAGCUCGAAGCGAGUAUCGAACGCGACCGCGCCGUGCUUGGCCUGUAUGAGAAGCUCAUCCAGGUCUCGGGGUAUGCGGUGUUCGGCGUCGGGAUGGGGAAAGAGCCGGGCUUGACCCAGGACGAACGGAAGUGGAGGCGGUACACCGAGGCGCGCCAGCUCGAGUCCGAGAUCCUCGCCUUGAACCAGUCCAUCGCAAAGUUCCCCGGGCGAGUCCCUUUUGAUGGCGCCGAGCGUCGAGAGUACUGCCGCCAGAUGAGGGAGUACUUCACCACCUGCCGCGACAAGGUCGCUGUGGUGUGCGCACAGCUCGAGGCGGAACUGGAGAUGACCCGGGCACAACAGCGGGAGGCACGAAAGGACCUGCGAGAGCUACGGUGUUCAAUCCUUGAGGACGCCGUGGCGCCGCCCAUCUACAAGCAGGAUUGUGAUCUUGAGGGGUGUACACUGCACGGGCCGCCACACUAGCAUUUACUGUGUUCGUAUCGUUGUAUAAUCAUAAUGCAAUGUCACAACUUCCUAAUGCCUUCC